AAGUACUGCGCUUUGAUUUGCCAGUCUGACUCUGACUGCGGCACUGGGUCCUGCCAGAAGAUCAUGGGCGUUGGUUUGUGCACUUACAGCGCCACCAACAAGAUGGCCCUGGAAGCCUCGAUGACUCAGGUGGCCAUUGCAGCCAACCCCACUCACUACGGUGACCCCAAGACCGGCUGCGAGUCUGAUGAGCAAGCGGUGCGUGUUCAGGGCUUGUCUGGGGACUUCUGCAGUCCCCAGUGCAGCAGUUCAGGCAGCUGCCCCAGUGACGUCCCCAAGGGUGACUCAGCCACUCCGGAGUGCGCCCUGCGCACCACCACCGGUGACAAGUACUGCGCUUUGAUUUGCCAGUCUGACUCUGACUGCGGAACAGGGUCUUGCCAGAAGAUUAUGGGCGUCGGUCUUUGCACUUAUGACGCGACAAAGAAGAUUGGCAUGGAAACGACAAUGACUCAGGUGGCAGUUGCAACCAACCCAAGCCACUAUGGCAACCCCAAGACCGGCUGCGAGUCUGAUGAGCAAGCGGUGCGUGUUCAGGGCUUGUCUGGAGACUUCUGCAGUCCCAAGUGCAGCAGUUCCGGCAGCUGCCCUAGUGACGUCCCCAAGGGUGACUCAGCCACUCCGGAGUGCGCCCUGCGCACCACCACCGGUGACAAGUACUGCGCUUUGAUCUGCCAGUCUGACUCUGACUGCGGUGCCUUGGUGGUGCAGUUGGUAGUUGGGAUACAUGAAAUGGGGAAUGCAUGGGACGGGGACGCGGAGGGGAGUGGACUGGACUGGGGACUGAGGCCUUGGCUCCUGUGAGAAGAUUAUGGGCGUGGGUCUCUGCACCUAUCCUGCCUCUGGCGCCGCACUGGCACCGGGACUGCAGCUUCUUCCUUCCGAGGUGAGGAGUAGGACAGUGCAGGGGAGGAGGGUGAGGACACUGCAGAAGCGAACAGAUCAAUCUUUAUCUACAGAGGAUUUGAGCUUGGGAGUUCUUUUGGAUGGUUCAUGUGACCAUGGCACUUGGAAUCGCGGAGAUCAGGAACUACUGUACUCUUCCUCCAUAAACCUUUCGUUGACCUGCAGGUUCAGGUGAAUCAGAGAACGCCUCUUCGACUCUUCUUGGUUCCUUACCUUGUGCAAGGUCCACGCAACAGAAGGGUGGCAACACCCUCCAAGAAGGCCGUCUUUCCUCCGCAGGUGCAGAUGAUCAUCUAAGGGCGUGGCGACAGGAUUCGGCCAAGGCCUGGCCGUGGCCUGCGAGGCCUGCGAGGCCUGCGAGGCCUGCGAGGCCUGCGAGGCCUGCGAGGCCUGCUCGCCUGAACGAAACGGUGGAUCCCAGAAAUCCUGGAAGUGGAAAGCCGCCUGUUUGUAGGGGAAAAGUGAGGAUGAGUGUAUCAUCCUUCUCAGGGAGUGUAUGUGGAUUCCAAAAGUCUGUCAAAGGCGGAGGUCCGUAUGUAGGGUGCGGGCCCAAAGGUGCGAUACGUGGAGGGGUUUAGGAUCGAAUCCAAGCGUAGCUCACAUGAGUGGGAACGGCCGAAAUUCGCCUUGGAUCCAUUCGUUCGCCGGAUAGCAUACGGGUUGCAGGCAGAGACAGUCGUCUCUUUAGGACAUCGGCCUGAAAUUCCAACCUGGAGAAAAUCCGCCACCCUAUGUGUCUCCAUUCUCCCCGGAAAGUCACUUGCGAGGCGCUCCAUGGUCGCUGAGUCAAGUCGUGCGCGACCCCGAGCGCCUCGUUGUCUGAGAGAUGGGCACAGCUGCGGUGAGCAGAUCUCAAAGGCAGUCGAGGGAUUUUCAGAUUGAC